CUGUUCACACAGUCUCCGCCCGCUCUGGGUACUGUCUGAAGGAGAGAUAGAGAUCGGACUAUCAUAUCGCCCUUGUACAUUAAAUUUCAGACGCAUUCUCUGAUCAGCCCUGGGCUCAGCCGCUUUGAGCAAAAAAUAAUGCUUUUCAGUUACAUAUUUUUCUUUGUUUCUUUGGCGACUUUUCUGCGCGACUUCCAUGUGUCCAGCUGUGAUGAAAACUGUGAUGAUAAACCUGUGUUCAGUCCAUCCAGAGUUGUAGUGGAGUAUGGUGACUCCAUCAGUGUUACGUGCUCUGCAUGCCAGUCUGACUGCAAUGAGAACCAAACUGGUUUGGAAAGCCCUGUGGGAGACAAAACAAAAAAAGGAACCAAGAUUUUAUGGACAGUUCACAGAAUGACUGAAUGGGACUCAAAUGUCUAUUGCUAUCAUUCUGAUGCUUCUGAUUACCAGUGCUGCAGCCUCCUGCCUUUAACUGUGUACAAGCCUCCAGACAAUGUGUCCAUCGGCUUUGAUGGUCUCUCUGGGCCGAUGAUUGAGGGUCGUCAGUACACUCUGCAGUGUAAAGUACAGAAUGUUGCUCCUGUUGGAGACCUCACAGUGACUUUCUACAGAGGACAGACAGAACUGGGUAAAGCAAAGUCCACAAAUGACCUGAAGACACCAGUAAAUGAGACCUUCACUCUGAGCAUCAACACCAGUAAAGAAGAUGAUGGACUCCAGUACAGGUGUGAGGCCAAGCUGGAACUGGGACCUGAAGGACCACAGCCCCCCCUACUGGUGAAGUCAGAAAUCAUCACCACCACUGUCCUCUAUAAACCUCAGAUAGAGGGGCCAUUGCAUCCAGAUCAGAUCACCAUCACAAAGGGAAACUCUCUACAACUGAGCUGCAUGGCUGUGGGAAACCCCAGCCCCUCAUUCACCUGGGUGGUCCUCCCACGUAGUGUCCCCUCCUCCAAUAGCAGCCAUCUCACUAUCAAAUCUGUAGCUUAUGAGCAGGAAGGGCAGUACACCUGUUCUGUCAGCAACAGUGUGGGGACAGUCACUGUGACGUUUACUGUGGUUGUCAAAGCCAACAUCAUCCCAGACAUCAUAGGUGGAAUUGUUGGUGCUCUUUUAAUUGUCGGCUCAAUAAUAGGAGUCACAUUUUACUGCAGACACAAGUGAAUGUGGAGUAAGUCUGUGGGAAGGAAUGAAUCCUGUAUGGACAAUCCGGAGUGGUUCUGUGCUGCAGAGUUUAAGACAACUACCAUCAACUGCAACAUCCUUGGUUUGAGUCUGGUU